CAACAAUGCGGGUGACACUCCUAUCACUACCCCUCGCGCUCCUUUUCGCCUCCCAGGCCCUCGCCGAGGGCCGCACGGGCACCGAGGCGGCCAGCGAGGGCAACCGCCUGCUCGCGGCCGGGCAAUAUGCCGACGCGGCUCGCGCGUACGGCGACGCUAUCGAGGCCGAUCCCGAGUCGUACCUCAACUAUUACAAGCGCGCCACGGCCUAUCUCUCGCAGGGACGCCACGGCCCCGCACUCGCCGACUUUGACGCCUCGCUGCGGCUCAACCCCGGCUUCGCGCAGGCCCACUACCAAAAGGCCAAGAUCUUGGCCAAGGAGGGCGACUUUGCGGGUGCCGGGUCAGAGCUCAAGGCGUUUGGAAAGAGCAAGAAGGGUGAUGUGGCCGCCGACCGGUUGGCUGCUGCUGUGGACACUGCGACAAAGGAGGAGAAUGCGGCCAAGAGUUCUGCGAAGAAGAAGCAGUGGACCAACUGUGUCGUCCACGCGGGCAAGGCUAUCGAGGUCGGACCCCACUCCAAGGAGCUGCGCGAGUUGAGAGCGCAGUGUGCGACCGAGCUGGGCGACGUUGAGGGAGCGUACAGUGACCUGACUCGCCUGGCAACGCUCGACCCCGCAUCACAAACCCUGCCUGUCCGACUCGCAGCCAUCGCCUUCUUCGUUAUGAACUCGGACACGUACGCCUCGCACCUCAAGCAGUGCCUCCACUACGACCCGGACUCGAAGCCGUGCAAGAAGAUGCACAAGCUGCUGAGGUCACUAUCCAAGGACUCGGUCAAGCUCAACAACCUCGUCGAGGGUGGCAGCAACAGAAAAGCGCUGCUGCUCGCCCGCGGCGAGAAGGGCGAGGACGGUCUGCUGGUUCGGUUUGACAACGCCCUCAAGGACCAGAUCAAGGAGGGCAACAUUCCGGCCCAGUUCCACGCGCUCAAGACGAGUGUGGCGAGGAUGAACCUCUACGCGCUCGUGUGCCGUGCCGGUGUAGCCGCCAACGACCUCGGUGCCAAGACGGCCGAGGCGUGCAACGUCAUCCUCGACAUGGACCCCGAGGACGAGUCGGGUCUCGUGUUCAAGGCCGAGAAGCUGCUCAAGGAGGAGCAGUUUGACCAGGCCGUCGCGGUGCUCCAGAAGGCGUUCGAGGCGUCUGGCCGCCAAAGCCAGGACAUUAUGAACCGCCUGCAGAAGGCGCAGCGGCUACUCAAGGUGUCCAAGCAGAAGGACUACUACAAGGUUCUGGACGUGCCUCGGGACGCCGACGAGCGGACAAUCAAGAAGGCGUUCAGGCGACUGGCCAAGAAGAACCACCCAGACGUCGGCGGCUCAGAGGAGAAGAUGGCACAGCUCAACGAGGCUUACGAGGUCCUGUCGGACCCCAAGCUCCGCGAGCAGUACGACAACGGGCACGACCCGAACGACCCGACCGCCGGCCACGGCGGCGGUAACCCGUUCGCGCACCACGGCGGCGGCUUCCAGUUCCAGGGCUUCCCAGGCGGUGGGUUCCCCGGUGGGUUUCCAGGGGGCGGAUUCCCUGGCGGCGGUGGACAAAAGUUCCACUUCCAGUUCCAGUAGAAGCGCGUGUAGCGAGUGCAGCAGCAGGUGGAGGUGGUGGUGUCUAGAUAGAGCAUGUAGAGCCAUGCAUUGUAUCACUGCGG